AUGACGUCUGAUGGAACACCAAUUACAACUAAUAAGUCAACCAAGACGUCUGAUGGAACACCAAUAACAACCAGUGGAUCAACCAUGACGUCUGAUGGAACACCAAUAACAACCACUGAGUCAAUCAUGACGUCUGAUGGAACGCCAAUAACAACCAGUGGAUCAACCAUGACAUAUGAUGGAACACCAAUAACAACCACUGGGUCAAUCAUGACAUCUGAUGGAACACCAAAAACAACCAGUGGAUCAACCAUGACAUCUGAUGGAAUACCAAUAACAACCACUGGGUCAACCAUGACGUCUGAUGGAUCACCAAUAACAACCACUGGAUCAACCAUGACCUCUGAUGGAACACCAAUUACAACUAAUGAGUCAUCCAUGACGUCUGAUGGAACACAAAUAACAACCACUGGAUCAACCAUGACGUCUGAUGUAACACCAAUAACAACCACUGGGUCAACCAUGACGUCUGAUGGAUCACCAAUAACAACCACUGGAUCAACCAUGACGUCUGAUGGAACACCAAUUACAACUAAUAAGUCAACCAAGACGUCUGAUGGAACACCAAAAACAACCAGUGGAUCAACCAUGACAUCUGAUGGAAUACCAAUAACAACCACUGGGUCAACCAUGACGUCUGAUGGAUCACCAAUAACAACCACUGGAUCAACCAUGACAUCUGAUGGAACACCAGUAACAACCAGUGGAUCAACCAUGACAUAUGAUGGAACACCAAUAACAACCACUGGAUCAACCAUGACCUCUGAUGGAACACCAAUUACAACUAAUGAGUCAUCCAUGACGUCUGAUGGAACACAAAUAACAACCACUGGAUCAACCAUGACGUCUGAUGUAACACCAAUAACAACCACUGGGUCAACCAUGACAUAUGAUGGAACACCAAUAACAACCACAGGGUCAACCAUGACAUCUGAUGGAACACCAAAAACAACCAGUGGAUCAACCAUGACAUCUGAUGGAACACCAGUAACAACCAGUGGAUCAACCAUGACAUAUGAUGGAACACCAAUAACAACCACUGGAUCAACCAUGACGUCUGACGGAACACCACAACCACUGGGUCAACCAUGA